AUGGCUAGAAUGUUUUUGAACCACUCUGCUAGAGGUUCCAUACACAUGAGAAAGACCAUUAAAGAGGCUCGCGAGCUUAUUGAGACAUUUGCCACUAAUCAGCAUCUGUACUCAGCUGCUAAGACUUCUAUGAAAGAAGAGGUUAAGGCCAUAUCUACUGAACAUAACCCUCUAGAGCCAAAUGGGCCAUUGACUCAGCAAUUGCACGCCCUUGUCCAGCAACUACUGGCACUAGAAAUUAAGGAUUUUGGAAGCUUUAUGAUACCGUGCACUCUAGGUGAUGCUUGUACAAGGACAGCUCUAUGUGACCCUGGAGCAAGCAUCAACCUUUUACCUGCUUUAUUAUUAAUAGAGAAGCUUUGCUUAACUAAUAAAGUCAAACCAACCCGCAUAUGCCUUCAACUUGCUGAUGGUUCUAUUAAGAUACCAUCAGGCAUAAUUGAAGACAUGAUUGUUAGGGUUGGACCCUUUGCUUUUCCCAUUGACUUUGUGGUGUUGGAUAUGGAAGGGCACAAGAGUGCAUCCCUUAUCCUAGGGAGACCCUUCCUAGUUAUAGGACGGACCCUCAUUGAUGUUAAAAAAAGGGAAGUAACCUUGAGAGUCAAUGAGGAAAAGUUCAUACUGAAUACUGUCAAGGCUAUGCAGCAUCCAGACACCCUUGAGGAAUGCAUGAACAUUGACCUCAUUGAUUCCCUAGUGGAAGAAGUAAGUAUGGUUGAAAGUCUCAAGGAAGGGUUGAAUGACAUCCUUACAGAUGCCCAGCUUGAUUUAGAGGAACUCCCGAAAUCCCUGAGGAAAAAGAGAAACCUCCAAAGCUUGAGCUUAAGCCAUUACCAUCCUCCUUUAAAUAUGCAUUUCUGGGAGAUGGAGAUACUUAUCCGGUGA